GUUCAAGCAACGGCUACCAUACCUUCUUCGUGCCGUUAUGCAAAGCAAAAAUCGACUCCCCUGCAUCGACUCGGUCUCCAAUGAUCACUGGGAAUGAACUAGAUUUUGCGAUGGCAGACGCGACUGCUGAUUUCAAAAAGUCCAUGAAUGGCCCUUCACUCCAAAAGGCAAUGCAAGUGCACGAAAAGGGUAGAAGACGACUGCGACUGAAGAUACUGGUACAACAUUCGAACAACUGUUGCACAGUUGUCCAUGAAAUGUUGACCACGGCCCAUCUUUGUCCGAAGCAUCAGGCGCGUCUCAAAAUGCUUCCCCGCGAUGUCUCCGCCAUGCAUCCCACCUAUGACUUGUCCAGCGAUCCAGACAAAAGCCACACAGAUACCUCUUGCAUACUUAGUUUCUGAACAAUUGGCAUCAUGUCGGGCCGUAUGAGCGCCAAAAGGACUGUCUCGUCUACAAAUGUGCCGAGAGAUGCAGUUUACAGACCGCACGAGGGCAAAUUUGGUAUAGUCACGGGCGGCUCACGAGGUAUCGGUGCAGCUAUCGCUCGCAAUCUCGCCUCGAAAGGAUGUUCUCUGCUCCUCGUCUACACCUCCGACUCGUCCACCGAACCUACCAAAACCCUGUGCGAAGUACUCUCCAACGAAUAUGGCAUUGUCUGUUUUCCAGUCCAAGCCGACCUCGCGGAUCCUGCCCGAGCUGCUCCGCAUAUAAUGUCCACAGCCAAAAAUCAUUUCUCGCAUCCUCGGACAGGAGCAUUCCAGAUUGACAUUAUCAUCAACAAUGCAGGAGUCUCUGACAACAACCUGCUCAAUGAUCCGGAGAAGGGGCCGAUCGAUGUGACGAAGUUUGGCAAACAGUACAAUAUCAAUGUUUUGGCGCCGUUACUACUCGUACAAAGCUGUCAGUCAUAUCUGCCAAAGGAUCGGUCAGGUCGGAUAGUCAAUGUAUCCAGUGUCUCGUCGUCCAUUGGCUAUGAGUCACAAUCCAUAUACGCGGGAACCAAGGCUGCACUCGAGGCGAUGACCCGUGUAUGGGCUCGUGAGUUGGCGGAGAACUGCACGGUCAAUGCCAUCAACCCGGGACCAGUCUGGGGAGACAUGUAUGCUCAAGCAGGGGAGAGUUUCUGGAAGGUCAACCAGAAGUAUGCUGAUGCUGCUCCUCUGAUGAGCUACUCUGGGGGUGAUGAAGCCAUCAGAUCCCGCGCAGGGGGUGAUCCGGAAGAAUUUGACAACAUUGUGAUGAAGGGUAUGGGCGGACGGAGGCCGGGGUUUACAGAUGAGAUUGCGGGCGUGGUAGGAAUGCUGUGCUCGGAAGAGAGUGGGUGGACGACUGGUAGCGUCAUCAGUGCCAAUGGCGGCAUGAAGAUGUCCAUAGCUUGAUAUCGAAUAAAGUGAUGUACGCUACAGUCCAAGUAGAAGAGAAUAAGAAAGUACAGACUUGACAAGGCUGCGCAGCGCAGUUG